AUGGGAAUCGAGGAAGUUCCUGAUUUACCUCAAAAUACUGUUGAGGAUGAUGCCAUUAAAUUCCACACGAGUACUCCUACUGAGGAUACUAAUUUAGAUGAUUCCGAGUUGGGUAAAACUGAGGAUUUAUUCGGUUCUUCAUCGCCUCUUUUUUUUAAAGAAAAGGGCAAUGAUUGUUACCGCGACAAAAAUUUCAGGGAGGCCAUCGACUGGUACACCAGGGCUCUCACCAGACUCGAAUUUAGCGACAACGAUGUCUUGAGAUCACAGCUGUUUUGCAACAGGGCCGCUUGCUAUCAGGCUCUGGGUGAUUGGGAGGCCGCUAUUUCCGACUGUACCGACGCCCUUUGCUUUGACGAAGCAUAUACAAAGGCUUAUUUAAGGCGCAGUGCUGCCUUUGAAAAGACCAAUUCGUAUCAAAAAUCGCAUUCCGACUUGGAAAAGGCGCUUAGCCUCGACCCAUCCCUAGAGUACGUUUCUUUUUAUUUGCACUUUAUAACUUUUUUUAGCCCAAAAUAUUCAACUAAGAAGGCUCAGCUGAAGAAACUAGCUGACGCUGAAUUUGAGUCUGAGAAGGAGCAGAUGAUCGGCAAGUUAAAGGACUUGGGCAACAACCUUCUCGGAAAGAUCGGCCUGUCGUUGGACAACUUCAAGGUUCAAAAGAACCCUGAAACUGGGUCCUACAACAUUCAAUUUCAACAGUAA